UAUGCUUGUCGCAUCCAACCACGGCCUACGAUACUGUUGGGGCAAGAUGCUGAGGUUGACAUAGGUGCGGUGAAAGCUGAGUUGAGCAAACUUCAAAAUAGAAAUAGCGGAAUUCAGGAAGAAAUUAAAAGGGCUGCUGCCAAAGUGGGAGAAAAACAGAUAGAGUUAGGCAAAGCUAUGCAAGAGUAUGGUGCGGUAGAGGCAGACUUAAAUCGCCUUCGAACUCAAUAUCGAUCGUUGGAACGAACGCUCGAACAACUUGAGUUGGAUGAUGAUUUGUCAGUAGUGGACAACAUGCGAAAAAGUCUGGAUGAACUCAAUAACCAAAUAGCUGAGCUAGAAGAGGAAUUUACGAAACUGAAUGCGAGCACCUCUCAAAAGGAAAAUGAAAUCCAAGAGGUAAAUGAAGAGCUCAAUGCAUUGAGAGCAAAUUUCGCUGAAGCAAAGAAGAGAAUUGCUGACCUCGAGAAUGAAGAGGAAGAUAUUAUCGAAAAGGGUAGGAGUAUUGAUGCAGCGGUCGACUCAGAUAAAAGGCGAUUAGAGCGAAUACGAGAUUCGCUGGCAAAUAUGGAAUUAUCGAGCAAGCAACUCCAAGAAGAAAAGGCGAAUGCAGAGGAGAGGGCGAAACGAUGCGAGGAGCUCCCCACACCUACGUCCAUGACGAACCCUCCAGAUAUGGAACAGUUAGGUGACACUGCUGAACUGGAUGAGCAGUAUAAAACGCUGACGAUGAAGAUCGAAUCUGCUGAGAAAGUUAUGGGAAACGCUGUCACAGCCGAGCAACUGCAGGAGUUCAAAGAAAACUAUGAGCGAAUGAAGAAACAUUAUAUAGCUUUGAAGAGUUUGAAUAAGAAACUUUCGGAAUGUAUACGAAUACGUAACGAGAAGUUUCCAAUUAUGUGUCAUGCAAUAACAAUGCGAUUGAAAAUGACCUUCCAAAGGCUUAUGGCAACCAGGUGA